UUCCUAGAAGGUAUCAAGAUAAACAAGACAAGAUGUCUGCAACCGAAGCCGUGUUCUGUGCCAAGUGUCCAGGCGGUAAAUGUGGCUGUACUGGUACCGACUGCUGUACUAACAACUGUCGAUGUCCGGGAUGUAAGGUUGGCUGUGGAUGUUUCUCUGCAAAGAAUGCUACUUGUCCUGAUGGAAUUUGCCAGAUGGGGGUAGCAUGCAGUUGUGGAGACUCGUGUAAAUGCAGUGACGCAUGCCAAUGCCCUAAUUGUAAUGCCGGAUGUAAAUGUGCAGGUGCUAACUUCGUGUGUUCCGACGACUGCCAGUCAGGAAAAUGUUGCGGUACCAGCGCAUGUAAGUGCAACGGCAAAUGCGCAUGUCCGAAGUGCAAAUGCAACUGUGCAUCUGCCGUGUUCUGUGCCAAGUGUCCAGGCGGUAAAUGUGGCUGUACUGGUACCGACUGCUGUACUAACAACUGUCGAUGUCCGGGAUGUAAGGUUGGCUGUGGAUGUUUCUCUGCAAAGAAUGCUACUUGUCCUGAUGGAAUUUGCCAGAUGGGGGUAGCAUGCAGUUGUGGAGACUCGUGUAAAUGCAGUGACGCAUGCCAAUGCCCUAAUUGUAAUGCCGGAUGUAAAUGUGCAGGUGCUAACUUCGUGUGUUCCGACGACUGCCAGUCAGGAAAAUGUUGCGGUACCAGCGCAUGUAAGUGCAACGGCAAAUGCGCAUCCGUGUUCUGUGCCAAGUGUCCAGGCGGUAAAUGUGGCUGUACUGGUACCGACUGCUGUACUAACAACUGUCGAUGUCCGGGAUGUAAGGUUGGCUGUGGAUGUUUCUCUGCAAAGAAUGCUACUUGUCCUGAUGGAAUUUGCCAGAUGGGGGUAGCAUGCAGUUGUGGAGACUCGUGUAAAUGCAGUGACGCAUGCCAAUGCCCUAAUUGUAAUGCCGGAUGUAAAUGUGCAGGUGCUAACUUCGUGUGUUCCGACGACUGCCAGUCAGGAAAAUGUUGCGGUACCAGCGCAUGUAAGUGCAACGGCAAAUGCGCAUGUCCGAAGUGCAAAUGCAACUGUGCAUCUGGGACCUGUACGUGCGGUGUGGGCUGUACUGGACCCACAAACUGCAAGUGUGCUACUGAUUGCACGUGCAUGCAGUAAGCGAAGACGUUUUGCCUAAAACCUACAAGUUAUAUGCAAUGGACUGAUCUUCUGUUGUUAGACGUCAUACUUACUGACAUUGAAGUUCAUUUCUUAUUAUUUAGAUACUUUAUAAGCAGAUUAUCGUUAAAAUCCUGUUACUCUGCUGAUGGGUUGUUCUCUUUUU